AUGGCAUUCCCGGCCCGCUUCACCCUGUAUAGUGCACGGGAACUUCCGUACAACACUUGUCCUUCCAUGAUCCACCUGCGCUUGCGAGGUUGCAAUCGCUCAAUCCUUCGUUUCUUGAAAUCCAGGCCCAAUGGAACGCGCAAUAUAUCUUCCUUGUCGCUCAGUUCCUCUGCGGCCAAGCCAUACUACAUAACAACACCGAUAUUUUACCCAAAUGCUGCUCCACACAUCGGUCAUCUAUAUUCUUUGGUCGCUGCCGACGUGUUCGCGCGUUAUGAGCGACUCAGACGAGGCUCGAACGACGUCAGGUUCCUCGCAGGCACGGACGAACACGGUAUGAAGAUCCAAAAAGCGGCAAGGGUGCAUUUUGGCCAGAUAGGGAGGGAGAAGGAGUUUUGCGACGCGUUAAGUGAGAGGUUCCGGGAUUUAAGCGAGAAAGCAAAUAUCAGUAAUACAUGCUUUAUGCGAACGACUUCCCAGGAACAUCGGAGGACAGUAGAGGAUGUUUGGCGAAGGCUCGACGGAAAAGGCUUCAUCUACAAGGGAAAGUACGAGGGUUGGUACUCCAUAACGGACGAGUGCUUCUAUACGGACGCACAAGUCACCACCGACCCCUCUGGAACGCAGAAGGUUUCUGUCGAAACGGGUGCCGUCGUCGAGUGGACAUCAGAGGAAAAUUAUAUGUUCCGACUCUCAGCUUUCCGCGACGCGCUCCGCAAACACUAUAUAACGGACCAUCGAAGCGUCCAACCCUCUCAAUACCGCGAAGACGUCCUCCGCAUGCUCGGUGAUGACGUGCUCGAGGACAUCUCAAUAUCGCGUCCAAGGUCGAGGCUCGAGUGGGGUGUGCAGGUGCCCGCCGACCCGAGCCAGACGGUGUAUGUCUGGUUCGACGCGUUGCUCAUCUACCUAACUGGGGCAGGGUACCCAGACAAGUCAUUCUGGCCCGCAGACCUGCAAGUCAUUGGGAAAGACAUACUUCGGUUCCACGCAAUCUAUCUGCCUGCUAUCCUCCUUGGCCUGUCCACACCACACUCGUACUCUCCAGCAUCGCCUCAGGUUCCAGCUCCGCAGACACCUGCGAUGCCGCUUGCCCACACAUUGCUCAGCCACGCUCACUGGACCUCUGGGCAGAAGAAGAUGUCCAAGUCGCUCGGGAACGUUGCUGACCCCCUCGAAGUGAUGGACGAAUGGGGCGUCGAUGUAGUCAGGUAUUAUAUGAUGCGGGUUGGCGGGAAGUGGAGAGAUGAUGCUGAUUGGUCCACCGAACAGCUCGAAAAGCACCACAAUGAGAUACAGUCCUUGCUCGGCAAUUAUUUCCUGCGGAUCACCUCCAAAGCCCUACGCGCUAUCGUAGAAAAGGCCUCUCCAGACCCAAAGGAAUGUCUCUCAGCUGCAGCCCAAGGUCGCCAUAUCCCUCCCAUCGAAACACCCAAGGAAGAACACAAUUGGGAUACGAACACAGCGCUAUUGCGUGACGUCUUUGACCUACCGUCCAAAUUUCACGCGUGCAUGAACAACUUUGAAGCAGGGAAGGCGCUAGAACACAUCGUUGAGGUUCUGUCGCAGGCGAACUUGGUUCUGACGACUAAUGCCCCUUGGGCAACACCCAAGUCGGAUGACGUUGCGGAGGUUAAGAGGCAUGCGAAUUUCGCUCUAGGAACUCGUGUAGUUGGACUAGAGACCUUGCGCGUCGUCGCUGGAUGCUUGGAGCCUUUUAUGCCUGACAUUUCGAACAAAGUACAGGAGGCUCUUGGAGUCGAGGGUGGAGUCCUUCGGCUGGAUGCGGUCGCCAACCGAGAUUUCAGUGGUGGAGAGAGGUUGGAAGAGUUCUGGGCUAGGUGGAAAGGGAUGGAGGUCCAGAGUAUAAAGCUGUUCGGACCUAGGAGGGGUAAUAUUGUCAAGGAAAUCGUUAAGAAGAGGAAAAGUGCGUGA